GGGGAGAUGACUUUUAUUUUGAAAUUCACAACUGGAAACAGACGAUACUCUAAAAUUACAUAUGUUCAACCUUAGCUACGAAAAUGCUUGACUGUCUGUCUUGUAGUCAAGCCACAGAUCAUAUGAAUUAAACACUACCUCGACGUUUGCAGUCAGUGACAACGUAAAUAGACGAGCACACGUAAACAUGUAAGAGCGUAAAUCGGUGUAUUCGUCGGUUACAGAAGAACACCACUGCCGUUUUCACCGGGUUGCAGUGUAGCUAGUUAAUUGACGUUAGCUUCGGACCAGGACGAGCAAUGACGGCCAGGAGGAGAAGCACCCGACGUUGUGGCAUAUUUCCGGCCCUACUAGCCGUGUUUGUGAUUGUUUCAAGUGUGCACUUGGCAAAUGCAGCGUCUGAUUAUGACCCUUAUAAAAUCCUGGGUGUCAGCAAGGGUGCCAGUCAAGCAGAAAUUAAACGAGCGUACAAGAACCUAGCCAGAGAAUGGCACCCGGACAAGAAUAAGGACCCAAAAGCUGAGGACAUGUUUAUCAAGGUUUCUAAGUCAUAUGAGAUUUUGUCUAAUGAAGAGCGAAGGGCCAACUUUGACCGUUACGGACAGAUGGAUGAGAACCAGCCCUUCGGUCACUCCCAGCACCAAGGCUACCGCAGCUUCCAUAACAGUUUCUACUUUGACGAGUCUUUCUUCCAUUUCUCCAGGUCCAGGGACUUUGCAGACAGCAAGUACCUGCUUCACCACGCACACUUUAACAGCGACGUACUUCCAGACAGCCUCAAAAGGCCAUACCUGAUCAAAGUGACCUCUGAGUGGUGCUUUGCAUGCAUCCACAUUGAGCCUGUGUGGAAGGAGGUGGUGCAGGAGCUGGAGCCAUUGGGUGUUGGCAUUGGUAUUGUGGACCUGGGUUAUGAGCGUCGCCUGGCCAAGCAGCUGGGCGCCCACCGUGCUCCCUCCAUCAUUGGGCUGUUGAACGGCAGGGUCACCUUCUUCCAUCAGGCCGUGGUACGAGAACACCUGCGGCAGUUCAUUGAAGACCUGCUGCCACAGAAACUGGUGGAAAAGGUGACUGAUAACAACUACAAGGUCUUUCUGAAAAACUGGCAGAUGGAAAAUAAGCCCCGAGUUCUCCUCUUUGACCAGGUCCCAGUUGUUUCACUGCUUUACAAAUUAACAGCGUUCGCCUUCAGAGACUACGUGCGAUUCGGGUACGUGGACCAGGGCGACAUGCACUCCGAUCAGAUCACAGAGGAGUUCAACAUUAACACCUACGCCCCCACCAUGCUGCUGUUUAAGGAGGACACAGAGAAGCCUGUGGACGUCAUCCAGGCCAGGGGACUAAAGAGACAGAUCAUGGAUGAAUUUGUCUCCAACAACAGGUUCCUGCAGGUACCGCGACUGGUCAACCAGCAGCUUUUUGAUGAACUGUGUCCAAUCAAGCAGUUCCACCGAAGAAGGAAGUACUGUGUGCUGCUGAUCACAGGAGACGACCCAGCCUUUCUCCCAGGAAACAAAGCUUUCCUUGACUUUGCUUCGGCUAACAGUAAAGAGGUGCUGCGUUUUGCAUACGUCUACCAACGUCAGCAGCAGCCUGUGUGCCAAGCGCUGCUCCACAAUCAGGUCUCACUCUCACCUCAGGUGGUGAUUCUUGAGAGGCGGAGCCAGGCUGGGAAGGUGCUGUUCCGCUCUUUGAGUGGCGGCUGGAACGGCAGCGAGGAAGACAAGUACCGCCUCCAUGAACAGCUGGAACUCCUGCAGAAGGACCCCGCCUACCUGAGCUCUGAUGCCACCCUGCCUGAACUCAUCAAUGAGAUGGCACCUAUUUUUAUCAUUCGCUGGAUGAACGCAGCCUAUGAUUACGUCAUUCAAGUAUAUGAUGAUCUUCUUUAUUCAAACUGGCGGGAGAUGAUGCCCAUUCUGUCCUUGAUCUUCUCAGCUCUCUUCAUUCUUUUCGGCACCGUCAUCAUUCAGGCCUUCAGUGAGCCCGGGGAAAACAAGCCACGCAAACCAAAGCCUCAGGAGAGUCAACAGACUGAAGACGAUGCAUCAAGCAGAGCCAGUUCCUCAAGUCGUCCUCCCAAAAAGGACUUUGUGGAAGUGACAGAACUGACUGACGUUACCUACACCAGUAAUCUGGUCAAACUGAGGCCAGGCCACAUCAAUGUUGUUUUGGUGCUCACCAACAACUCCAAGAAUGCCUUGCUCAGGAAAUUUGCUAAAGAGGUUUUCUCUUUCUCUGGAUCCCAGACCCUCCACUUCUCUUUUCUCAACGCCGACAAGCAUUGCCAUUGGAUGCCAUCCUUACUCCACUCAGCCUCAGACGCUGCAGAGAGUGAGGGCCGUUCAGAUGAAGACGAGGACCCUUCAGAUUACUCUGGACACGUCCUGGCCCUCAACGGUUACAAGAAGUACUUUUGCCUCUUCAGACCGGUCUUCACAGGCGACGAUCCCGCCGACUCCUCCUCUGGGACCUCUCACUCCUCCGACACCAGGAGAAAGUCCAGGUCCAGGUCAAGGUCCAGCUCUCACUCUAGAUCCCGGUCUCAUUCCAGGGAAGACGGCACAGGCUCAAGGAAAAGCUCCAGCAGAGCCACAACCUUAGAAGUCCACCAUAAGCUUGACAGACUGGGACUGUGGAUGGAAAGGCUAAUGGAGGGAACCCUACCCAGAUUACACGUCCCCGCUUGGCCUUCCCUCGACACCACUCACGUCUCCUCUUCUUCCUCCAGCUGAAGUGAAAGUAAGAUUGUAGUAAGAUGGUAGCACGUACACUUGACGACAGUCUCUUCUUUCUAAACUGUUGCUCCUCUGUCAUGGAACAAUGGUUGACCUUUCCCGUAGACCCAAACAGCUGAAAAUAUGUGGCUUAGAGUACCUUUAAAACUGAAAAUGUGUAAGACCAAGCUGAGUGACUUCAUUCUGUGUCUUCGCUAUGGAGACAAAUGACAAAAAAAAUAAAGAAAAAAUUAAGGAAAUUAAAUAACUGUUUUUUUGUGAUGAGGACACAUGGCAGUUUAAUGUAAAAAAGAUUUCUUUACAACCCCAAGAUUUAAAUUGAGUCUAAUGUAAAAAAGGGAGUCUGUGAUUGGCAGCUUUAGUUGGUGCUUUGUAUGUUAAUAAGAAAAAGAGUUGAAAAAAUAUAUAAAUGUGAAAAAGAAAUUUGCUAAUUUGCUUUAGGGGCUAAAAAUGCAUAAUUUUUUAAAAAAUUUUUAACAAGCCCAGCUCUACGUGUUCGCUUGUUUAAAUACAUUAAUAUGGACAAAUGAGACCCGGCCGUUUUUCCUGCUGUUUAUGUAACAGUUUAAAGAAGAAUAGCUGUUAAUUGUUGUGGUUUAGAUUUUUGCUGCUUUAAAAUGUGAGUCACACACACACACACACACACACACACACACACACACGUGUUCUGCUACUGUAAUGACAUAUUAGCUCAAGGAGCCAAUCCAUAUGAAGAAGAUCAUGUUACUGAUUUUAUUUUUUAAAUAAAUAUAUAUAUAUAUAUUGAAUAAAAAUAUAUACAGUAUAUAUAUAUAUAUAUCUACUCUACAUGCUUCCACACACAUAUGGGUGGUAUGUUCAUUUUCUUAAUGUAACCCUUAAUCCCUUAAUUUUACACACUGGACCUUUAAAACAUAACCAAAACAGCAACAGUGGUUACGUGUCCAAGAAAAGUCUUAAAUUUUCCAUUUUCUGUUCUUUCCGUCAUAAACUGAAUAUAAGAAAUGGAAAAGCUCUUCAUCUGGACAAACAGCAGAAAUAACUUCGCCACAAGUUAAAUUUAGAUACAUGUACUUUGUUGAUCCCAGGCUGGGAAAUUACAGAACUGGGUAACGCCCUUGUUGACACUCUCCAUGGAAAUCGUUAGUAAAAGGCUUAUAGGACCUGCUGAGAAGAGUGGACUGAAUUAUUACAUUUAUUUCCUUAUAUAAUGGAUUUUAUAUACAUUUAACAAAAAUUAAACAUGAUGUGACAUAAAAGAAGGGUCUACAACAGACACAUUUGGUACACAGCUGCUUUAGUAUUGUAUAUUAAAAAAUGCAUUUGAUUUUCAUUGGUUACAUUAAGCAUGCAGAGAAUCUCGGUCGCAGGGAAGCGUUCCAUCCUCAUUUAGGAACCUGCUCUGAGCUGGGCUCUGGUUGUUCUUUAACCUAACAGAGUAUGCUUCAUUUUCCUGGUUUACAAAAACAUUUUCUGGCGUCUUCACGACAUUGUGUGAUGCGUGGACUUCUUAGCAUUUGAUCGGCUGAAAAAUGCUGACAGGAUUGAUGUUGGUCAUCAGCUGUGUUUCCCAACCUUUUAUGGCCACAGCCCAUAUUCCCCACAGCACACCACACACAAAAAAAUACAACAAAAAGUAUAUGUAAUGAAUUUUACUGAUCAUCUAGUUUCACCCCACUCAGAAUUUACUUACUAGGUCUGUUUAGUUGAAAAUUACGCUGAUAUACUCACAGGAAUUAAAGAAAGACACACUCACAGAACAGCUGUGAGUCUAUAAUUUUCUUUAGUUUGUAAUAAAUUACAGACCAGUUGGUUAAAAUUAGGGAAUUUUCGUGGGCGCAGCACAGUGGUUGAGAAUCGCUGGUCUCCAGUUCCACCUCACACUGAACAUACCAAAAGGUGCGACCAUCGUCUUUUGGAAAGUAUCUGACACUUAGCAUUGGAGACAACAAGCUCUCUGAUCACACACAAAUAAAUGACCGUUGGACAGAUGUUAUUAAAUGGAUGAGAAGAGUCUUCUGCAAAGACCUGUUGUAUCUUCCUGACUUUCUUGUGGUUGACUAUGACCGUGUUUGUUUCAUAAUCUAUUGAUCAGUCAGCAGGUAGUGAGCCAGCGUGAGAUGUGUGUUGUUUGGAAAAUAAAUAAAGCUUGCGCUGAACCUACUGGUGAGAGGCCUUUGACACAUAUUUGACCUUUGGAAUUAAGCCCCAGUGAUAACGUUUGAGUCUGAGUUCAUCCAGGUUAUUGGCCUGUAUUAGGCAAUUACUGGGUUUCAGGUGUAAACAAGGGUUCGCCCCAAUAACAGACUGACAACCACAUAUAACGUCUUCCAUACGUGUGGGUGACUGUUACCCAGGUCAGAUCUGGCUUUCUGAUGAUUUUCUGAUGAAGUUUUUUUUUUGUUGAGUAUGCUGAACUUUUGCCAUCUUUUAUUUAUUUGCUCAUUCAUUUUGUAGUGUGUUUUUGUAUCUUUUACUAAUUGUCUGAAUCAAAGAGAACCUUUAAUGCUUCUCCUCCUCCAACAUGUACCCCCCCCCCCCCCACACACACACACACCUUAAAACAAUUGAAUGCAUGGAUUAAGUAGACGUCAAACACUUAGAAAUGCUAGGUGAAUUUACACUGACUGUGUUAAUCUUUUCUGACUUCAUUAAAUGAUUAAUUUAUGUCUCGAGGAGUCGGAUGUGACGCUGUAGCUCAAUGUUUUUUUCCUUGGUACCUGCUUCAGACUUCACAUCAACCUCCCACUGUAAGAAUGAAUGAAGUGUAACUUAAAAAAGAAAGUCAUUUUAAUGAUUUAUUCAUUAAAAUUUGUUGAUGGAUUUCUCUGGUAUUUGUAUUUUUUUUUUUCCAAAGCUAAUGAAUACAUUUUCAGCAAUUUGCAACAAAACCAGUUACAUGUUAAUGCACGUCAAUGAUUGACUGAAGCUCAUGUUAUUUGGGGAAGUGUUGGCUUAGUGGUUAAAGCUAAAGCGGACUUGGGUCCGGAAGGCUUCAGGUUCGAGUCCACCAGCUGCCAAGUUGCUACUGAGGUGCUCUGAGCCUGGCACUGUCCCCACACACUGCUCCCCGGGCGCCUAAAGCUGCCCACUGUUCACUUUGGUGAUGGGUUAAAAACAAAGGUCACAUUUGGUUGUGUGCAGUGGUGUCCUUUCCUUCCUUCCUUUCCUUAGCAACAGCAUUUAAAAAAGACAUAUACAAUGAAAAUGUCAUAAGGCAAGAAGACUUCAGCAUAAUUAUUAGUAAAGCA